GCGCGCGGACGGUCUGUGACUUAAGCAUGGCGGUGUUUGCGGAUUUGGAUCUGCGAGCGGGCUCUGAUCUGAAGGCACUGCGAGGGCUCGUGGAGAACGCCGCUCACCUUGGCUAUUCAGUUGUUGCCAUCAAUCACGUUGUUGAAUUUAAAGAAAAGAAACAGGAAAUUGAAAAACCAAUAGCCGUUUCAGAACUCUUUACAACCUUGCCAAUUGUACAGGGAAAAUCAAGACCGAUAAAAAUUUUAACUAGACUGACAAUUAUUGUUUCGGAUCCAGCUCACUGCAACGUUUUGAGAGCAACUUCUUCAAGGGUCCGGCUGUAUGAUAUUGUUGCAGUUUUUCCAAAGACAGAAAAACUUUUUCAUGUUGCUUGUACACAUUUAGAUGUGGAUUUAGUCUGUAUAACUGUAACAGAAAAACUACCAUUUUACUUCAAAAGACCUCCUAUUAAUGUGGCGAUUGACCGAGGCGUGUGCUUUGAACUUGUCUACAGUCCUGCUAUCAAAGACUCUACAAUGAGAAGGUAUACAAUUUCCAAUGCCCUCAGUUUGAUGCAGGUCUGCAAAGGAAAGAAUGUAAUUAUAUCUAGUGCUGCAGAAAGGCCUUUAGAAAUAAGAGGACCAUAUGACAUUGCAAACUUGGGGCUGCUGUUUGGACUCUCUGAGAGUGACGCCAAGGCUGCGGUGUCCACCAACUGCCGAGCAGCGCUUCUCCACGGAGAAACUAGGAAAACUGCUUUUGGAAUUAUUUCCACAGUGAAGAAACCUCGGCCAUCAGAAGGAAAUGAUGAUUCUUUUCCCGCUUGCAAAAAAGCCAAGUGUGAGGACUGAAAAGAAUCUCCCAGUCUCUGUCAACACUCCCUGCUUCCCUUUUAUAGUCCAUCAGCCACAACAGAAAUGAAACCUUUAUAUGAUUUGCUAUUUUCACAUGGAGCUAGAAAUUGGUAGUCUCUAAAAACGAUUUUAUAUUCAAGCCAUUAAACUAACAGACAAAACCUGGUGAAGCAUUUAGGAAAAAAAAGAUUCCGCUUAAUGAAUUCAGAUACUAUAUUAUAAGAGAAAAAGAGUCUAGUGUAUAUUCUUUGUGUAAGUGAUAAAACAGCAGGUAUAAAUUAGAAGAUGUUUUGAUAUUUCAAGAGACUUUAAAAAUGUUUUUUGUUCAUUUAAAAACUCAUGCUUUUCUGCUUUACUUGAUACACAUUGUUUUUCAAUCUUACUAGAAGAGUGGUUAUUUUUGAGACUAUUAAAAUUUAUAUUAAGGGAUUGGGUUUUAGUUGAUCUAUUCUUGUUUUAAGCCUCUGUUUUAUUAUGUUCAUCAAAUCAAAGUUUUUUUAAAAGGACUUGCUAUAAAAUUUGUAGAAAGAGAAGGGAAGUGCACCUAAAAUCACACUUGGCCUCUUCCUUUGCUGCUUCUUACCUCCACGAUGUCCUUGAAAUACAAUUCCCUCCUUUGACUUGGACACCCUUGAAAAUCUAAUACUGAUUUUUCCUAAUAGUUAUAUUAAGAAUAUCAAAGCAGUAGACUUAACCAACUUUGGAUAUAAUUUUUUAAGAGGAGGAUUAUUAUAUUAGGUGGAAGUAGCCUUUUUUGCAAAUAUGUGUAUUUUUGCUAUUGAUAUCAAUAAUCUUUUAACUGAGAAAAAGGACAGAGUCAGAGAAAUAAUCAUUUCAAAAAGAAAACUUUAUACCAAUCUCACGAAUAUAGAUACUUAAAUAAAAUAUUGGUAAAGAGAAACCAUUAAAACAGUAUGCCAUGACAUGGUGAGAUUUAUUCUAGGAAUCUAAGAAUAUUUCAGUUCUUUUUAAUGUACUAUACUUUAUACUAUUAAUGUGUCAAGUGAGAAAAAUCAGAAUCAUCUUAAUGGAUGCUAACAAGACAUUUGAUAAAAUUUAAAAUCUACUCCAGAUUUAAAAAUUAAGCAAAAAUAAAAACCCUUGGCAAAAUAAAAGACUAUUUCUCUCUCUCUCUCUCUCUUUCUCUCUUUUUCUCAUACACACACGCAUAUGUUCCAUAUAUACUUAUAUAUUGUAUAUAUUAACAAUGUUGGUUCUAAAAAUAAAGCAUUUUUGACAGACUUCCAUGUGCAUAAUUUGGUGGAUUAGCCCACUGCAUAAAGCUAAUGUCCACUGCGCCUGAGCCCACACACCAAGUUUGCCACUUGAGCGACAGCUUGCUUUUGCCUAUACCCCACUUGGAUUCACUAAAAGUUAGGUGUGUGUUUAUUCACAAGUCUCUGUUAUUGUAUUUAGCACUGUUAAAUCAUAUAAGUUAGUUAAAAAUUGUGAACACUGAUGAACUAUGAGAGAGAAAAAAAGGAAAUCCCAGGAAGACUAAAUUUGAUGCUUUUGAAAGUUUUGAAAAAGAGUAGUCACUAAAAAAAAAACAAACCUGUUUAAAAUAAAAGGCAUGAGCAGGAUAACUGAGAUUUGGGGGAGAUGCCGUAAAAUUCUGCACUUGGAUUACUUCGCGGGAGUCUUAAGUUCUCUUGCUUCUUUAAAGAGACUGGAACUCAAGAAGAACAACCGUGGAUCUCCCAUCAGUGCUCCCAUGCAUCCAAGGACAGGCUUUGACGUCCCUUUAAAAGAUUGGCACAUGAGUGUACAUUUUUAUGCAUGUA